GACGGUUUGAAUUCAGUCUGGUAUCAGUUAGUAACGAAAGCCGUUCGAAGUACCAUCGCCAAAUUGACUAAACAUGAGAGAAAUUGUUCACGUCCAGGUGGGCCAGUGCGGCAAUCAAAUUGGUGCACGAUUUUGGCACAUGAUUUCGAACGAGCACGGAAUAGAUCCGACAGGAAAAUAUGUCGGUACCACGCGAGAUCUGCAAUUGGAUAGGAUUAGCGUGUACUAUAACGAAGCUGCAAGGAGCACAUAUGUUCCCAGGUCGAUUCAAGUCGACCUGGAACCUGGAACCAUGGACUCGGUGCGAUCGGGCGAAUUUGGAAAAAUUUUUCGGCCAGACAACUUCGUCUUCGGGCAAAGUGGUGCCGGUAACAACUGGGCUAAAGGUCACUACACAGAAGGGGCGGAGCUGGUUGAAUCGGUUCUAGACGUCCUAAGAAAGGAAGCUGAAGGAUGCGACAGCCUCCAAGGCUUUCAACUGUGUCAUUCCUUGGGGGGAGGAACCGGGUCCGGAAUGGGGACCCUCAUAAUGUCGAAGGUCCGCGAAGACUUUCCCGACAGGAUCAUGACGUCCUUCAGCGUAGUACCAAGUCCAAAAGUGUCGGACACUGUAGUCGAGCCAUACAAUGCCACUUUAUCCGUUCACCAGCUUGUGGAAAAUACGGAUGAAACAUUCUGCAUCGAUAACGAAGCACUAUAUGAUAUUUGCUUCAGGACGUUGAAGUUACCUUCGCCCACCUACAGCGACCUGAACCACCUUGUAUCCCUAACAAUGUCUGGAAUUACCACCAGUCUAAGAUUUCCAGGACAGUUGAAUGCUGAUCUUCGAAAGCUGGCUGUUAACAUGGUACCGUUUCCCAGGCUGCACUUCUUCGUUCCAGGAUUUGCUCCGUUGGUUGCGCGAAACAGUCUACAGUACCAAGCUCUCACUGUGCCCGAGUUGACGCAGCAGAUGUUCGACGCGAAGAACAUGAUGGCAGCUUGCGAUCCUCGCCACGGUAGAUAUCUCACAGUGGCGGCUAUCUUCCGUGGAAAAAUGUCGAUGAAGGACGUCGACCAACAAAUGACAAACAUACAAAAUAAGAACAGCUCGUAUUUCGUGGAUUGGAUUCCGCACAACAUAAAAACAGCCGUCUGCGACAUACCUCCUUGUGGCAUGAAAAUGUCGGGUACUUUUCUCGGGAACACCACUGCGAUUCAGGAACUCUUCAAACGCAUCUCUGAACAGUUCACUUCCAUGUUCCGACGCAAAGCAUUUUUACAUUGGUACACCGGAGAAGGUAUGGACGAGAUGGAGUUUACAGAGGCAGAGUCAAAUAUGAAUGACAUGGUUUCGGAAUAUCAGCAGUACCAAGAAGUCUCCGCGGAGGAGUCGGUGUUCGUGGAUGACGAAGAGGUUGAAGAGGGUAUAGAAUUCAACGAAGACUAGAUACAUCCCGUGUGAAAUUAAUAUAUAAUUUUCGUUAAAUUUUUACUACUCAUUGUUUUUAUUUUGCGGUGCAAAUAUAGAUAAAUACCUGUCGGUACAUAUAUGCCAGUGAUGGUAACGUAUUGUAGUCAUACUCGUAUUGUUCAUGAUAUUUUGAAUACAAUUUCUACGUUGCAUG